AUGGAUCAUCUCAAGCAAAUAUUUGCCCAGUGCCGCCAGGAAGGCCGUCCAGCAUUGGUCACGUACGUGACGGCCGGAUUUCCCACGGCGGAAGAAACCCCGGAUAUCAUGCUGGGCAUGCAGGCCGGAGGAGCAGAUAUCAUUGAAUUGGGUCUUCCUUUUACGGAUCCCAUUGCAGAUGGUCCGACCAUUCAGAAGUCCAAUUUAAAGGCCCUCCAGAAUGGGGUUACAAUCACUUCAAUGUUGGAGAUGGUGAGGUCUGCCCGGAGAAAAGGACUAAAGACACCUGUACUAUUCAUGGGCUAUUAUAAUCCUAUACUGCAGUACGGGGAGUCGAAGCUAUUAGCGGACUGUAUGGAGGCCGGGGUCAAUGGCUUUAUUAUCGUUGAUUUGCCUCCGGAAGAGGCAGUUCGAUUCCGCAAUGGCUGUAUGAAGACGGGUCUCUCAUAUGUCCCCUUGAUCGCCCCAUCUACCACCGAAGACCGCAUGAAGGCCCUCUGCAACAUGGCCGACUCCUUUAUCUAUCUUGUCUCCCGCAUGGGCGUCACCGGCGCCACCGGUACCCUCAAUUCAGAACUUCCGACCCUCAUCCAGCGUGUUAAGGAGCUUUCCGGCAAUGUCCCCGUGGCAGUUGGGUUUGGGAUCAGCACGCGCGACCACUUCCUGAGCGUGACCUCUAUUGCCGAUGGCGCCGUCAUCGGCAGUCAGGUUAUCACGAUCCUCGAAGAUGCCCCAGCUGGACAGGCUGCACGUGCAGUCGAGGACUAUUGCUCGCAGAUCACACAAAGAAGAGUCACUUCUGAGGGCAUGAUCUGUACGUCUACUGCAGCGACAGGGCCGCAUGUGGCCGCCCAACCUGCUGACGAGGCAGAGGCGGCUGCCACCAACACAUCGGGUCGAUUCGGUGUCUUCGGCGGUCAAUACGCCCCAGAGGCCCUGACCACUUGUCUGGCCGAACUUGAAGCUGGUUUCGAGGCAGUCCGAGAUGAUCCUACCUUCUGGGAGGAAUACCGAUCCUACUAUCCUUACAUGGGUCGUCCCUCCAGCCUGCACCUAGCUCAGCGACUGUCAGAGUACGCUGGCGGCGCAAAUAUCUGGCUAAAGCGAGAGGACCUCAACCACACAGGAUCCCACAAGAUAAAUAACGCUUUAGGCCAGAUCCUGAUUGCUCGUCGGCUGGGAAAGACGGAGAUCAUCGCUGAGACGGGUGCGGGCCAACACGGUGUUGCAACUGCCACCGUCUGUGCUAAAUUCGGCAUGAAAUGCACUAUCUAUAUGGGUGCAGAGGAUGUCCGUCGACAGGCGUUGAAUGUGUUCCGGAUUAAAUUAUUAGGGGCCACCGUCAUCCCGGUCGAAUCAGGGUCGCGCACGCUCCGGGACGCCGUGAAUGAAGCCUUUCGCGCGUGGAUUAUGCGCCUCGAUACGACGCAUUACAUUAUUGGGUCCGCAAUCGGACCUCAUCCAUUUCCGACCAUGGUCCGCACGUUUCAGAGCGUGAUCGGCGAGGAAACCAAAGCCCAGCUGCGAGAUCUGGGCAAGAGCCCGGAUGCUGUGGUUGCCUGUGUCGGGGGCGGCUCCAACGCCGUCGGUAUGUUCUAUCCAUUCUCCAGUGACGUCUCAGUCCAGCUGGUUGGUGUGGAAGCCGCCGGAGAUGGCUUAGACACGGAGCGACAUUCCGCUACCCUGAGUCGAGGCUCGGUGGGGGUUCUCCAUGGCGUUCGGACCUAUGUUCUGCAGAACCCGCAUGGACAGAUCUCGGACACGCACUCUGUCUCUGCGGGACUAGAUUACCCCGGGGUUGGGCCGGAACUAGCUAAUUGGAAGGAGAGCAAUGGGGCGACCUUCCUUUCGGCUACCGAUGCCCAGGCCCUGCAGGGCUUCCGACUGCUGAGCCAGCUGGAGGGGAUUAUACCUGCAUUGGAGACGUCCCAUGCGGUCUGGGGUGCGGUUCAAACGGCCAAGCAGCUGGGCCCAGGCAAGGAUCUCGUGUUGUGCUUGAGCGGCCGCGGAGAUAAAGAUGUGCAGAGCGUGAUCGACGCGUUGCCCAGUAUCGGCCCCCAGAUCGGAUGGGACUUGUCGGUUUAG